UGAGACUGAACGAGCAGUAAGGGAUACGUGGUCGGGAAGGGAGUGUUGCGUCUCGUCUUAAUGUAGCAGAGGUGCAUUGUUGUCCAGUACAAUGUGACCUAAAGGCCUCUGGUGCUAAAUAUAUACAGGAAACAGUUUAAAGAGGCCAUGUGAUGGGUUUUGAACGUGUCUGGUACAGUGGAGGAGACUGAUGUGUGAAGAGUGAGUUUCGAAAGAUUACGGACCUUUCUUACUCUUACUUCGGAUGCUGUCAAAGAAAUCCAUAUAACCAAAAGGAUAAAACAAAACAAGGCCACCACGCACCAGAAUUUCAAAGAUGUGAGGAGCAGAUAAAUAUUAUAUCGAUGACAGCCUACCCCGCUCAUGCGCCUAGAACACCAGGACGCACUUACAAGCAAUAGCCGCCACCAGCAUGAGCAGUCUUUUCCUGGAGGGUACAAGCACAAGGUGUAUGGGUGCGCAUUCUCGACCCUUUGUGGCGAUACAAGCGGCACUACUAUUAUUACUACUACAAGCGCUUCCUCCAGUCAGCGCACAGGCAGAAUGCUCUAGUCUAGACUGCAAAACUAUAUGUAUUCAAAACCACCCUGGUUUCAAGCCACAGGAUUGCCGAAGGUGUUGUUCAAAAGAUAAAGAAGAUAAAACGAAUGAAGCAAUGGAUGCAAUCAAGGAGCUGCAGCAGAAGAUGACGGUGAUGAUGGGAGUGACUUUAGGGCUGCUACUGCUGCUGAUCAUGCUGGUGGUUGUGGUGCUUCUCCGCCAAACCUCAACCAAGGCCCUCAAGGCUGCCCUCCCUGUGUUCUUCAGAAACAAUGACGAGGGUCGGGCCAGCAUUGAGAAGCGCCCCUUGCCGCCUACCAGAGUGCCACCAGAAAAUAGAAAUUCAACUGUGGUUCGAAUAGCUGACUACCAGAAUAACCACAGUCCUCUCACUAAACGCAUGCGACCUAAUGGCAUGGCAGAGCACGGACAUGGGCUCCCUCUGCCAGCUGAAGAGCUACGUCCCCGCCAGCCUUCCGAAUCCACUUGCCCUGACGAGAGCGAUCUCUCUCAACCACACCAAGACAACAACUUGCCGCCAGGAGCUUAUGUCAACUUAGCCUUAUCCCACACCUCCUCCACCUCCACUCUGGCUCCUGCGGUAUCCACUAAUACACUGGACACAACUUUACCUUCCAUGAAUCCCACAUCACUUGUAUGAGUUUAAAUAAACUAAGUUCAUGUGCAGAGAACCUCCCGUCUCCACGCUCAGGAGCCAUCCUAUGUAACCGUUCUGUGACUCUUACAUCACAUUCAAAGUCCAGAUUUGUGUGUAGAAAACUUCCGUCCAUUUCCCAACUCACUCAGAAGCCGUCAUUGUAAGCCUUGUGCAAUAUAAGGAGAAUUUUGUAGCAGCAUGAGAACAUGUAAUAAUACUUCUUAAAGCACUACCCCCUUAGUAUUCUGAUAAAAGCAUUGAGAUGGAUUUCAAAGAACCAUUAAGUGCAUUAAAUCCCAUACCUGAGUAGGGAUAGAGACUUAAACUUCAGGAACAGAGAUAGAAAAGUACAAUUACAUGUUUUUUUGUGCCACAAAAAAACAUAUCUAUGCAAGAAUUGAAACUAAGUUUUCAGAAUGCCAGGUUUCUGUGACCUUGAUUGCAACAAUUGGAUGUGCAGUUAAGUGAUAUUGUGAAAUGAGAAACAUUAUGCACAGACUAAUACAUAUGAAGUAAAGGAAAUGUGCAAUCUCUGUGUGUGCAUGUGUAUGUCUGCAUGCGACUUCAAUAUGAUGAGAUUUAUAAUGCAGAAAGAAAGACAUUAAAAAGACACUCCAAGGUGUUCUGAUAUAUGUGAUUGAAGUCCUACUACUGCAGUGCAAGGCCAAUGUUGUCGUUAUUAAGAUUAACAUUCCAGGUGAUGAUGUAACCAGUAUUCUGCAAGGUAGAUACUAAGUAACUGUGUGCAAUAAACUGUACACAAAAUGGAUAGCAUGAGGAUCCUGCAACUCACAAUGAUCAGCAUUUCUACACUAAAUAAGUCACUUAAUAACCUUCUAAUGUUACUUAAAUCAUCAUGCAGAGUAAUGGCCAAAUCUACUCUCUGUGAUGCUGACUAUGCAAAGGUUACUAAAUGCUGAUGAAUUUAGUUUGGAAAUGCCCUUCACUAUUGGCUUGGUGGAUCUUCAUAUCCCUUAAAGUAUAUAGUAUUCCAUCAUUUACAGUGAUACAUUAAGACAAUUACAGAUUCUCUUAAUUUCUUUAACCCAUAACUAACCCAUGUCUUCCUGAUAGCAUUUGUUGUGUUCGUCACUCACAAAAGUCUAAGCAGAUCAUAGUUUAUAUGUGAAAUAAUUAUAUUGCUCAUACAGUAUAAAGUAUGCAAAUUUCUAUGAUGAAUUACAAUGCUAUAGAA